GGAAGUUGCUCUAUGAUUAACUUUCAAAGUAGAAAUAGAAAAUCUGGAAAAUAUUGUUCGUUCUGUUUCAAUUUCAACCUGUGUCAGUGAUUUUAUCAUUAAGAGACUGUACCAGUUAAAAUAAAAUGUUUUCCUUCGUUUUCUCGUUUAAUAGUUAAAUAUGAAUUUACGUUCGAUGUAUAUAUAAAUACAGAGUUUUCAAGUCAGAGCUGAAAACGCUGAAGAAGUAUUAUUGCGGUUUUACAGGUUAAGAGACUGCCAAGAUGCCGUCUACUCACCUAAACCUGCGUGAGGACGAUGUUGUACGAUUGUCCCUAGAGUUUCUCCACAACCGUGACUUACACAUAACGCAACUGUCGCUAGAGCGUGAAACUGGUGUAAUCAAUGGUAAUUACGCAGACGACAUACUAUUUCUUCGUCAACUCAUUCUUGAUGGUCAAUGGGACGAUGUCUUGGAGUUUAUUCAACCACUGAGCGCACUAAAAGCCUUUGAAGCGGACAAAUUUAAUUACGCAAUUUUGAGACAUAAAUAUAUAGAAUUGUUAUGUAUAAGAUCCGAAAUCAAAGCAUACAACAAUGUUGAAAACAUUGUUGACGAAGUCGUAAAAGUACUUAGCGAUUUAGAAAAACUAGCGCCUUCUAAAGAGGAAUACUCUAACUUAUGUUUACUUCUUACGUUACCGAGUAUAACAGACCAUGCACAGUUCAAGAAAUGGAAUCCCAGUAAUGCAAGAGUCCAAUGUUUUCGAGAGGUAUAUCCUCUUGUAGAGCAAUUCUUACCAUGUGACAAGAAAUCUAGUGGUAAUAUAUCCAAAUGUGCAAAAAAUGAUCGGCUUAUGCAGUUGCUCAUAAAAGGUAUCUUAUAUGAGUCAUGCGUUAAUUACUGUCAAGCCAAGGCAACUGGAUCUGACACGCAGUCGAAUGAAGUUAAUUUUUCCCGAUUGUUAGACGGGUCAGGAUUUGAUGAAUCUGAUUUAAGCUUAUUGUCCUGGUUGCAAUCUAUACCAGCUGAGACUUUUAGCGUACCGUUUGAACAGAGAAUGCUGAACGUUGACGUAGAAAAAUUAGAACGCCCCUCGUUGCAUACGUCGUGGACAGAACAUAUGCUCGUGACGCCAAUAAAACCUCGCACAUUCCCUCAUUUAGCUAUGCCAUUUAGAAGACCGCGGUCUGCAGCCGAUGCAAUGACGAGGUCCCUGCGUCCACUACCCGAUGGAGCACCGCGACAUCCAGCCGUUAUGGCUUUAUCAGCAAUAGAUUACGGCCCAUCUACAUCGUGUUUCGCCGGUUUCCAUUUGACCGGCAUAAAAGGAAACAAGGUGAUGAACACAUCUGUCGACAGAUUGUUUGAUAACAAAAAUAGUGAAAGUAUUUUUAACGGUCUGAGUGAUUCGUUGAAACCUAUCAAUGAAAAACUGAAACCGAUCGGAGAGUUUUCCUCGUCGAAUAAGAGCAAUGAAACCGGCAGCGUGGGCGCGUCCAACGCGACUACGCCGGAACACAGGGGGCAGGAUUACUCAGCGUCCACUUCCAUUUCUACAACGGCUGCGUCGACUUCAUCGCUCGCCGAGCGGCCCCCGCCACAGACCGAAACGGUGGCCGCGAUACCUACCUCCGAUGGAGAUUUCAGAAGAGAGUUGUUGAAAGAAUAUCAAAUUCAAAAACAACGCGAAUGUGACGACUACCUACGUAACUUGUAUUCAUCCGAUUUGCGGCAACAGAAAACUAUGGAGCAAAUUGGGGAUGCUGCAUCAGGAUUUCCGCCUGUCGCAGUGAAGUUUGGACAGCAGCCGAUUGUUGACAAAAUGCGUGAUCAGAAUCAGUACUUAAGAAGGAGCGAUGCUGACGAAAUCGCGGAAAUGGGAGAUGCUUCUAACACGCAGACUAGAAAUGGCGGACAUCAGAGCGUACCACUAUCGGCUCCGAGCGGUUUAGGCAGCCCAGAAGUGAACGGAUCUCGUCCCACCUUCAAACCUGUCACCGUGCUUGAAGAUCUGCAGGCCGUGCGCUGUGCAGAGUUUCAUCCCAACGGGAAACUGUACGCAGUCGGCUCCAACACGAAGACCCUUAGGAUAUGCACCUAUCCAAAGAUUGAGGAUAUCAAGGACUUCAAUAAUCCGACUGCGCCAACAGUUUUACUGAAGCGUACGAAACACCACAAAGGCAGUAUAUAUUGCCUGGCGUGGAGUCCAGCGGGCGACCUCCUAGCGACGGGGUCCAACGACAAAACGGUCAAACUCAUGCGAUUCAACAGCCAUUCGUGUAACUUGGAAGGACAAGAGGUGGAGUUGACGAUGCACGACGGCACGGUGCGUGACGUGUGCUUUAUCGAAGACACGUCGAAUAAGACCAGUCUGCUCGUGAGCGGCGGCGCGGGCGACUGCAAGAUAUACGUUACCGACUGCGCUACUGGCAAAACUUUCCAAGCGCUAAGCGGUCACUCCGGGCAUGUGUUGUCGCUGUAUAAUUGGGGCGGAGCCAUGUUCGUGUCGGGUAGCCAAGACAAGACAGUUCGUUUCUGGGACCUUCGUACAGGAGGCUGCGUCAAUGUGAUCUCACCACCCACUGGCCACCCGAGCAAGGGGUCGGCAGUAGCGUCGCUGGCGGUAGACCCGAGCGGGCGGUUGCUCGUGUGCGGGCACGACGACGGCUCGUGUGCGCUGCACGACGUGCGCGGCUCGCGUGCCCUGCAACGGUUCACGCCACACGCGGGCGACGUGCGCAGCGUGCGCUUCUCGCCCGGCGCCUACUACCUGCUCACUGCCGGGUACGACGGCCGCGUCGUGCUCACCGAUCUGCAGGGUGAUCUUACCUGCGCUCUUCCAAGCGUGCCAGUAGCGCGCCACCCGGACAAGGUGAUAUCGGCGCGGUGGCAUCCGGAUGAUUUCUCAUUCCUUUCGACCUCAGCCGACAAAACGGCCGUACUGUGGACGAUACCCCCGGUGUAGACCCGCCCGCCAUCACGGAACACGACUGCAAUCAAAACGUUUGGUGAGAAAUUAGAUUAGUUAAAAAUUUGCGCGUGCAAACUUUAAAUACUUUUAUCACAUUUCUCAUUAAAUGCAACAUCGAAACUCACAAUGUAACAUUCGCUCGAGCAUUUUCGUUUCCAGCGAUUGCUUCCUGUUUGUCCGUUCGGCCUAAUAAAAGUCGCCAAUCCCAUUGACGCAGUGUUAGCAGGCCUGUCUUGAGCUAAAGGAGAUUUAUUGAUAUAAAAAGUGUAUCUUAAUGGGAAACAUCCAAAGAAGAGUACGUAAUUUUGUAUAUUUUUAUACUUACAGCGAUCAAAUGACACGUUAUUACACAUACAUACAUAUAAAUACAUUUAUAAAAAUAUUUUAGGGCGAAUCAAUCUUAAAAAUAAAUUGAAAUUGGAAGCUUUAUAUACUCAAUAAGCUUGUUUACGAUUUCGCACCAUUGUUAUUAAGCGACUUGUUGGUAAUAAAAUCGAAAAUAAAACGCCUCUUUAUGAGUGCAGUUGUCGCAUGCUCGAUAUUAGUAUUUUCAUAUACAACGAAACCAAAUUCUAUCACCAGACCUGGAAUAUUAGUCGGCUCGCGUAAAGCCACUAUGGGUAACGCUGGGACGAUUAAUAAAAUGUAAAUGAGCGAAUAAUAUCAAAAUUACUAAGUACACACACAGUAAAAUAUACAUAACAGUACUAUGCUUAUUACUGCUAUAAUAUUUUUAGACUGUUCAACACAAAUGGAAGCUUUAAAAGAAAUGAUGCUAUUUAUUUAUUACUUUACAAACACCUGGACAAUAUAGAUAAUAAUUAUGUUAUAAUCCAGGGGGCCAUUCGCCUAACGGAAAUGCUUUGGAAAAAAAGCUAACGCUUCGGUUUUAUUUUGUUAUUUCUGACCGCCGAAGGUUUUCAAAUACCUCGCGCUCAUUUUUUUAAAUAUUGUUAUUACCAAUGCAAAAGAAAAAAGAAGAGCGCGAGGCAUUUGAAAACCUCAGGCGGCUAGAAAUAACAAAAUGAAAUCGUAAGCGUUAGCGUUUCCCAAAGCAUUUCCGUUAAGCGAAUGGCCACCUGAGAUAAAAAAAUGACGAUCAAAAAAAUUCUGAAUCUCAAUGUAAGUUAGAAUUACCAAUGCAUAAUUUUUAAUUUUUGUAUUACCUAUAUACAUACUUAGCAGCAUGAAUUCGAAUAUGUGCAUAAAAAAAUGUGUGUGUCAGCUCUGACGCCUAACUUAAAAAAAGAUUGAUACUGUAAAUGCCAUAUCCACUUUACUUCUAAAGCUCAAUGGUUUUGAGUUCAACGAAUGGCGCGGUGGUACACCGACGCGGUUUCUUUGUCGUUGUAGGCUAUACAGGUACGCUAUGAUACUGUGCUACGGUGUAGCACUACGGCUACUACAGCGUAGACAGUAAAAACGUAACGAGGUCAUUCAUCGAUAGAUUUUACUCCUCACAUUUUUCUCAUACCGGGCCCCUUAUAUAUGCAAAUCGAUUCUUAAGGAGUAAACUCCAAAAAUGGACGGUAUUAGUAAUGACAAAAUUAGACAUUUAACAAUUAUUAAGAUAGUAACAAGACUUACAAAUUCACUAAUAUUAUGAGGGUACUUUUAGGAAAAAAAACAGAUUCCCUUCGUAUAUUAUAGCAUUAGACAGAAGUAGAAAAAGGCUUCUUAGACGCACUUUAUUGGAGAAAAUAAAAUAUUAUUUUUUCAACUUAGUUCACUCGUAAACUUUUGAUAUAAUACGAAUAAUAUUUGAGUAUUAAAUUAUCAUUUUAAAUUGUCUGCUCGUAUUGAAGACUUACUUAUUAAGUACAUGUAUCUUAAAAUGAAAUCUAACUGACACCUGCAAGGAAAAACAUCGUAACUCAGUUUUGGUAACAACAGGAUAGUGUGACACAAUAGAAAAAAAUAUCACUUGUUAAGUUUGAAAAAUUGUUUUCAAUUUUGAUUUUUGCAGCGCUUACGAACCAAUUUUCGCUUAUUGAGAUAUUAUUGUUACUCAAAAUAUAAAAAAACUGACAUGCAAUGUUUUAUUUUGUAGGUUUUAGCAUUAGGCCAUUUUAUAUUGAAAAUAUUUAGAAAUAAAAUGUCUUGUGCCUUUUCAACUCUUUUUGCUAAUGCUUUAAUGAACGAACAUACUAUUAUAACAUAUGAUUAAACGUACGGCAACGUUUAUUGACGUUUGUAUUAUGGUUUAAUUAUAAUAUCUUCAAAUAUGAUAAAUAUAAGCUUAAGAAAUGUUAUCUACUAAUUACAUCAAAUUUCAUGUGACCGAUAUUUAUUUACAAUGUCUUAUUGGUGGUGCUAUUUUGUUCACUUAUUAUUACCACAGAAUUCUCAUGUAAUUUUAAUAUAAUCAUAUAAGCCAAUGAAUUCUUCUGACGCAAAUUCUUGGAAAUAAGAUUUUUGCCAAUAUUGGAGUUUACACAUUAUUACGUUUUUAUUGCGUUUUAUUUACAGCUUUAGAAUCCAAAAUAAAAUUUAAUCAAUCUCGUAAGAUUAAUAAAUACGAAGCUACUUAUUUUUUUAAGGGAAAAAAGCCUUUUUGUGCUUCAUUUUAGUAAAGAAUAGUAUGUUUGAGAAAUAAUGAUUUUAUGCUGACUUUAUAGCCAAUUUUAAUUUUCGAUAAGUAACGGUGCGUUAACGAAUACAACGAGAGGCGGAGCGCGCAUGUUCACAAACUUUAAUUCUUGUUAUUGUAUAUAGCGCUCCGCCAUCGUUUAUUACAAGGACACACCCUUAAAAUAAACGGUUAUUUUACAUCAAGUACCAUGCACGAUUAAAAUAAUACUUAAAAUUGACCGAAAGUAAAAUGCGUCUAAUGAAUUCUUGUCAAACAAGUGCUUACAUUAAGUAGUGUUUGAUGUUAUAAUAGACAAGAAAAAGUUAUGAAAAUAUAAAAUAAAAUAUAAUAAUAUGUGUUUUGCUUAUAAUUAUGUUUGUGCUAUGUCUGUGUGCACAUCAUGGUUAUAGGUAAUGUUUUAACGUUAUGAUAUAUUUUAUGUAAUUAAUGUGUAUUAAUAAUAUUAAUAUUUUAUGCUUAAAGUUAUUGUAAUAAUAUUUUCCCCUAUUCGUUAUAAACAUAAUCAUCCAAAUAAAAAAUGUAACAAUAAAUUUGUUAAACCCAGUACAUACUGUGUAUCCAUUUUGAUUUAAAAAUAUUAUACUCACAUUAUUUACG